GAGGAAAAACAGGGCAUUUCGCAGACCAUAGAGAAACCCAAACUAGGGUUUCUGGUCGGAUAGUUCAGACGCCGGAGAGUGCAGGAGGCGGGGGAGGCUUGUGGGGAGGAGGCGCGCGGAGAUGGGCGCCCCGAAGCAGAAGUGGACCUCGGAGGAGGAGGAGGCGCUGCGGCGCGGCGUGCUCAAGCAUGGCCCCGGCAAGUGGCGCACCAUCCAGAAGGAUCCGGAGUUCAGCCCCGUCCUCUCCUCCCGCUCGAACAUCGACCUCAAGGACAAAUGGAGGAAUUUGAGUUUUAGUGCAAGUGGACUGGGUUCAAGGGAUAAAUUAAAGGUUCCAAGGAUAAAAGGGCCUUCAUCUUCCACAUCUCCAAGCUCUCAGACUCCGCUUCUCGUCCUACCCCCAAAUAAAGUUGCUGAGGCUUCACCAUCCGCAGAUCCUGAGAAAAGCUCUCAGGAUGUGAAGAUUCCAAAGUACAGUUCCAUGGUAAUAGAAGCUCUUUGUGAAAUUGGGGAUCCAAAUGGUUCGGAUGUUGAUGCAAUUUGCCACUACAUAGAGCAAAGGCACGAGGUGCAAGCGAAUUUUAGAAGAUUGCUUACUGCAAAAUUAAGGAGGCUUAUAGCAGCGAAAAAGAUUGAAAAGAUUGACAGGUCCUAUAGGAUCACAGAAUCUUAUGCAGCCAAAGUUUCGCAAGCAAAUAAGUCUCCAAGUCCAAAGAAGGAUCCAGCCAAGCCACUGAAGGCAUCGCAGAAUUUAGGUUCAUUUGCUGGUACGAGUCCUGCCCUAGAAGCAGCUGCAGCUGCAGCUAUGAAAGUGGCUGAUGCGGAGGCCAAAUCACACCUUGCGAAUGAGCACAUGACGGAGGCUGAAAGGAUCUUCAAGCUUGCUGAGGAGACCGAGUCUCUCGUUACACUCGCAACAGAGAUCUAUGAACGAUGUUCAAGAGGAGAGAUAUUAACAAUAAUGCAAGUGGCGCAAAGCAAUUUUGAAUUCCAAUCUGUUAGCGGCAACGGCAGCGGCACUGGUUCUACUGUACUUGCAUAGGUUGGUUUGCCCUGUCAUCUUUGGCAUGUUGUUCCUCCGAUGUGUAACUUAAAACAUGUUGUUAACUUGUUAUGUACUUGGGUCGAGCCGGCUAAGACGUUUACCUCAAAAACGUCAGGUGUUCCGCUCAUCCUUAAUUAUAAUUAUAUAAAUGUGCAUCUCAUCUUGCGAUUGCAAGUGUGAUCAUGUAGUUUCUGGCUUGAUAAAAAUAGCAACAUAAGUGGUUAAGUGGGAGCAAAUGAAUGUUACAUGCAUUUAGAGAGCACAUAAAACAAAGCGUUUUACUUUGGUUA